CUUAAAAAAGAAACGUCCGCGUCGUACGAUCUUCUCUUUUACACUGCAUUAACUUUGCGGUGACAUUGCUCUAGUGUUUCUUUGCCCAAAAGGUUUUCUACCACCUCUUCAUCCAGAAUCCAUUCAGUACAACAAACAUGACAAACAAAAAGAAAGAUGAGGACGACGAUCCGAAUGAUAAGCAAAUUCGGACAUCGAAGACUCCAUCAUGGGUCUGGUUAUGCCUUGCGUUAUUUGCAGUGAUUACCUAUGUAGGAAUGCCAGAUCCACUCCAGCCUCCACACGGUCAAUCGCCAUCGAUACAGCAUGUGUUUUACUACGGCUGGUUAACUGCUGUUUUCACCGGUUUGGGUGCCCUACCUCUGGCCUUUGCUCCGAAUUUGGCCGCAUAUUGGGUGGGACUAUCCAAUGGUACGUUAUCGACAGGACACUACGUGUUAUUAGCAAAAUGGUCCGAUGCAUAUGGAUCCUUUUUCACUAUUUGUUUGGAAAUGCGUUGCAAGUUUGACCUUAACAUGGUGCCCGGUAAUCACCGUUCAAUGUAAUUUUCUCAUGGCAACUUGAUAUUAUCUCCCAAUUGAAUGGUAUUUUAGCUGUGGCAGCCGGUAUGAUGAUUGCAGCAAGUUAUUCCCUUUUGUAUGAGGGUUGGACGUUUGAUGAUCCGAACGACGAAUGUUCUGUUUCAGUACCUGCACGAACAAUCAUUGGAGGUUUUGUUGGACUUGUCUUUAUCAAUGUAACGGAGCGAUUACUGGCCGAUUAUGAGGAUUUGACUGUUGGUGGACUAGCAGGUGCAGAUGCCAAGCGGGCUCUGUUGAUUUUCUUUGUCAUGACUCUACACUCCUUUUCAGAGGGAGUGGGAAUCGGUGUCAGUUUUGGCGGUACACAUGGAAGCGAACUCGGUGUCUUCAUAUCGGCAAGUCUUGCUGUACACAACAUUCCCGAGGGUUUGGCAAUGUCGGUAACUCUAAUGCCGAGGGGAACUAGUCUGGCCACCGCUAUUGUGUUUGCGAUAUUGACAAGCAUUCCUCAGCCUCUCAUGGCAGUGCCGGCCUACGAAUUUGUUUAUCAUUUUAUCCCUGUUCUUCCCGUCGGGCUUGGUUUUGCAGGAGGUGCCAUGGCUUGGGUAGCAUUAUUUGAGUUGUUGAAGGAAGCCAUUGAGGAUUCAGGUAUUCUUACCACGGCCUGUGUUUCCUCAGCCUCCCUGAUAGGCAUGCAUUUCCUCAACGAAAUUAUAGACCAUGGUGCUAGAUCCUAAAACGAAUGAUCGCAUAUAGUGUCGAUCUAUGUGCUAAUGCCAUUGUGAGUGAAGUCAAAAUAGCGUCAUCCAUAAYGGAAAAAAAUUAAAAUCCGAAAACUAUA